AGUCAACACAGUGUACAUGGCAGUGUGGCUUGACUACUGUGGUUUAUCCUUGUUUCAUAAAUCAUGAUAAAUGAAGACACAAUGAGUGAAGAAAGCUGUUCAAGUAAAACGCUCCCAGUCGGUGAAGAGAAAGAAAAUGAGGAAUGGACGGAAGACAAGAGUGGCCCAGAUGGACACAGUAGUUUUGGCUCAACCGUACCGUCAAAACAAACACCGUCUGUCCUGAGAUGCAAUGAAGAGACCAACACAGAUAAAUUAGAAGAAGAAGCAGCUGAUUUUAUCAAGACAAACAAAGGGAGAAAAAAACAACUGAUCCCAAAGAAAUCACCAAUAAAACAGAACCCAAAAAGUACACUGACAACCGAAAAUGGGAGCGAGGGAGACAGCAAAAUGAACAAGAAGACUCGCGGACUGAGAAAGAAGAAGGCGGUAAAGCAUUUUGAUUUCUUUUACGGGGAAGAAGAUGAUAUUGACAUUGAUUAUGAUUCACCGACUGAUGAAUACCACCCCCCAAAAUACGCUAGUGAGUACAAUGAUGAUGAUGAUUUUGAGGAUUCAGAAUGGGAGACUAAGAAGAAAAGAGGAAGAAAGGCAAAGGCAGGCAACACUGAGAAACUUCCCAAGAAGAAAGGGAUAACAAAACCAAAAGCAAGUGAUACAAACAAGAGAAAAGGAAAAACAGAUAACAGUGAAAAGUCUCCUAAGAAGAGAGGAAGAAAGAAAAUGAAACCACCUGAUAAUGAGUUACAAGAUAAGGAAGAAGGUGCCGAUAAAAAGACAAAGAAGAGAAGGGGGAGGAAAAGGAAGAAUAACACAGAAUCGGAGGAAGUGCAGUGUUUAAGCAUGCCUGAUAUUAAGGGAGACGAUAACUCUCCUUCGGGAAAUGUUAAACAAAGGAGGAAGAGGAGGAGACGAGGCAAAAUACAAACUAACUCUUCAAAAAUUAGAUCCAGGGCAAAUCAGUCUGCAAGAUUGGACGAGGAAGACGACGAAGAUGAACAAGGAGAAACAAAUGAAGGCAGUCUUACUGAAGACAAUCUCACAGGUGUUAUGAAACAAGGCAGUCACGGUCCACCCUUCUCCGUCACAGGGAGUUGGUAUAUUGCUUCUGGUUAUCUACAAGACUUGACAUCGCUACUGCAGCUGUUUUGUGAUGAAGAAGGAUGGAGGUUUAAGGACUUUUCCUCUUCCUGGCAGAAAUUUAAAUUUUCCCUUAUAUACAGAGGGCGCCAGAACUUCAAGGAACUGUUAGAGUUUUCGGAGGAGGCGGCACUGUUGACGACCCGCUUCAUGGCACCACCUCACAAAAUCAAGUGGAGGAUUGGUGCUCUUUACACCAUAUAUGGCCUCUUCUAUAAACAUCCAUUUAGGCACUUCUUUAAGAUUCGUCUCACAAAGGAGGAUUACAAGAACCUUAUAGACCUGGUGAAGAAAUACUCAAGAGAUGUAGAAAACCCAGACCCAGCGUAUAUAUUCUACAAGAUGGAGGUUGAGGGCGCCUUCCAUCACGUGGCUUCUUCCACUGAGAUGUGCCUGGACCUACACUCAUCGGAGCGUGAAACAAUUGACUUAAUGUACGAAUCGCAUCGUCUUGCUCACGCGUCCCACGUAGAUGCCGCUCUUAUUCCCGACAGCCUGAUCAGUGACGAGCGCCUCUUGACACAGUACCAUAAGGUCAAAUCGAUUACUAUGGGUGAUGGGAAUGAGCCAGAGAAGGCUGUACGUUUUGUGGAGCCAGUGUUCUCAUCAGAAAUUGACAAUACUCUGAAAAAACUUAAAGAAGAAACCCUCAUUGAGCUGGGGCUUAAGGAGCCCCCUGAUAAGACCAGAGCAAGCACAAUUGAUCUGUCCGUCAUAGGUACAAGAAGAGCUAAUAUUCGAAAUAAAGCAGUGACUGCAGAUACAAGUAAAGAUUACAUAAAGAAAAGGACAAUGGUGAGCAAGUUUAUUUAUCCAGGAGGACAUGUUCUGUCAAGAAAAAGAAACAAACUUCUCAAGAAAAAUGAAGAGGAAAUUGCUAUAAUAAGUGGUUUGUUAAACAGUGAGGCAAAUGAUACAGAAAUUCAAUCUGAGAAGUUGAAGGGUAGCGCUAGUAAAGGUGUUCACCAAAAACAGAAAGAUUUUAGGGUGCCUGAAUUUUAUGCCGACAAGGGCGUGAGAACCUUCAUGUGCCCACCCACAGCUAGUAUACUUAGCAUCCCAUUAAAGUCCAGGAAAGGGGCUGAGAAUUCAUCUGAUGAAGAAAACGACGCUACAGAGAACCUAGAUGAUGAAAUUUCUUUCGGUAUCAGCGAUGUAGACGAGGAACAUUGUGUUGAUGACCCUGAAGAACAAGGGGAAGCAAAGGUAUCCCCAAGUGUAUGUACGAGUACUGUUUCAGAUGUCAGUCAGAAUGAUGAUAUGGAAGAUCUUAAUAUGGUACCCAAAGUGACUCCACCCACCAAGCGACAGAAAGAACCCCCAAGAAAAACUGCUCUCUUUAAGGCAUUAAAAGAAUCCAUCGGAAACUCCCCCUCAAAGAAAAAACCGCCAUUCUUAUCUAUGAAAAAGAAAAGGAAAUCCAAGAAAAAUGUUAGUGAUGUGUUAAAAAGACAUAAACAAAAAUGCAAGUUAGUUGUUGAUAAUGUUGUUGAUGUAGUACAGAUAAAGUCACCCAUCAUAGAUUUGCCACCUAUUGAGACUACACUCAUACCACCAGUGAAACUUCAAAAUAGUGAUGAUGAAAGUUCCAGAAGAAACAAUGUGUGCAAAGUACAAACAAUGAAUGAUAGUGUACCUGAUAGUGUACCUAAUGAUGCAAAUUCCCAGCAUACUGAAGAGCCUGUUACCAUGGACAAUCACUUAAUAACAGUGGACGUGCACUGUACCAUACCGGGAACUCAGUUCAUUGAAAGGUUGAAGUUUGGAAUAACGAGAAAGCAUUGGCUAGCUAUUAAAAACAACAGUAGGAAGAUGGAAAUUUUGAGAAAGAAAUUAUUGACAUUACUGCCUCCUGAAGAUGAAAUUCUCAGAAACCAUAACAAUUCAGUCAUCCAAAUGUCUCUCUCUGUCAUUGACGACAAGAAGAGCCUAAUAAAUGUCUCUCAAGAGUCUGAUUCCCAAGGUAUAGAAUCAGAGCCUGAAUCUCUUCAUUUUCAAAAAGGAGAGAAAGUAGGUCACAAACAAGAGACUACUGUUCCAUCAGAAACGAGUGGAAGAGGUAGUGGCAUAAGGAAAAAUGGAGGCAAGAUGCUCGUGGUUCCUUUAAAGGUAGGUGGUAUAACACGCUACUUUCCUGCCCCAACUGCUACAGAAAUGAAUUAUACAGAUACACAGCAACAACAACCACCACCACCUUCUCAUGCUCAGGAAACUCCUUUGGUGGAUAAUUAUCAGAUUCCGCACUCGGCAGAUGAUUCAGAGACUCCAGAAAAUUCGACAGUUAAUGACAGAGCUGAGUCUCCAGAUUUCGUAUCUUCAGACUUGGGGUGGAUGUCCCCACUAUAUGAAAAUGAAUUCAAGGAUGAUCUUACAGUUACGCCUUCUAAGGGAAAUAUUCAACAUAAGAAAAGAGUGCUUGACACUAACUAUUCCAUAACAAGCUUGAACCAGAGUUUUAUCUUGGAAAACCAGGCUGAUGAAGGGCUCAGUGAUAGCACAUCUGUCACAAUGAUAGGUAUAAGAAAAAGAGAUAGAAAAGGGAAUCUGGUAGAGUUUCCUGAGAAGAUUGAAACUCAAGAUGAGGAAGAGCUGAGUGAUAGUAUGAAUGAGAUGAGUAACUCUUCAGAUAACCUUGAUGUACCAUUAUCAGUCCAAAGUUCAGAUGAGGUGAGUCAAGUCUCUGAAUUUGUCUCACAAGGUAAUUUGUUCAUAAAAGCAAAUCAAAGUACUAAUUUUUCUGACUCGGUGGCAUCAGUAACUCCGUCACCUGCACAAAGUCAUCCUGUUUAUCCACUACAAACAUCUGUUCAUGCAAGUUAUCCUUACAAUGGUAGAGUGAGUGGAAUGACACCACAUGUGCCAUGUACACCUUUAAUGACAGAAGGAACGACUCUGCCAUUGUCUCUCCAGCCUUCACAGGUACAAGUUGAGGUUCCUUUUUCUCACUCUCAAGGUAUUGUUUAUUCAUCCCCUGAUCAAGUGGAUGUGGCCAGCAAUGCCCCCUUGGCUUCUUUAUCUCCUGUUUCGUCUGUGUGUACUGUUCAACAUGAUUCAGCUGAAGGCGGACUUAACUCUAAUACAAUAUCAUCCCAAGGUAGGACACACAUCUCUCCAACAUGGGUACGUCAGUCCCAGGAACGUUACAGUAGGCAUCUUAAUAAUGUUCGUAUGACAAGCCUCUUUCCUAGUGACUCUGUCCGUAUGGUUACACACCAAAAGGUUCCUGUAUAUCCCAUUGAUAAGCAGCCAACUAGGCUCAUAGAGGACAAGCCAACUUUCCAGUCCAGUUUAGAGCCUAUAUCUUACGAACUCCCUGGAGCUGCAAUAAAUACACCCACGACACCAGCAAGUUUUACAAGUGUCCAACAGGCAUCUCCCACUACCACUUCCAAUCCAGGUUUUAUCUCUGAUGGUGAGUUAAAACACCUUCCAAUUAGUAAGGGAAUGAAGUAUGUGAAAGUCAAAGUAAAUGGUGAGUCUGUAUUGGUGCCAUUUGACAAAGUUCUACCAGUGACCAACACAUCGCAAAUACCUAAUGAACCUGAAAUUUUGGAGGUAAUACAGGCAGAGGUACAUCAAGCAGAACUCCACUCAUCAGAAGGUGGAUUCAGGAGAGACAGUUGUGAUGAUGAUAUGAAAUUUGAGAAAGUCAGAGUUGAAGAUUUGUCAACAGCAAAUGUAUUACCCGACCAGCAGUGUGUUGCUGCGUCGUCAGCAGCAGUACCUGGCAGUAGCAAGUAUGGUAACAUAGAGACAGAUGUUAAAUUCUCUGGUUCAGGUAAGGUGAGAGACAAGAAAGAAACUGGAAUUAAUUAUUCCAUGUUAAAACCCUCCAAGAAACAAGUUUGUUCAUUCCUUUUCUCACCUAAGUACAAAGCUUUAUCCUGUUUGAAAGAAUCAGUAGGACUAGCAACAGGCACACCCAUCAAAAAAGAAAAACCCCGCGUACCUUUCUUAUUGAAACAUUCGUUGGUUAGAAAAAAGAAAACUUAAGAUAAAUUUUGGUGCAGUGUGUCUAAAACUUAAAAAAAAAAAUCCUCUUUGUUCUUAUUUUAAAAUGCUCGAAAUAAAGUGUCACCCAUUUAUUAUUGUUCUAAGAUUUCAACAAGUGAGAGCCAUUGUAUACUUAGUUUAACAUUUAGAGUUGAGAGAGACUAGUGAUGAUUAGAUUUAGUAAAAAAUUAUGUAGACUAUUUUUUUUAGCAAUAGGGUGAGUUAUGUCCAUCAUGUGUGUAAUUAAAUGAAUUUUUCAGUGUUACACCAGCCAGCAGGUGUAAAUAAAACUAGUGUAAGUUGGGACAGAACACACACACACUUCUUUACCACCCAAUUAUAUUUUCAGUAACUGUGCCAAGUUUGUACUUAUACGAAGCAAUGAUAAUUAUAUAUUGUGCAAUAAUCCUCUCCAGUUGGCAUUCCUAAAUUUGGAGGACUAAUUCAUAAUUUUCUCAAUGGGUAAUGAAAUUUCUAGUACAUUUUUGGGUGUGGGGGGGGGGUAAUAUUCUGUGAUAGUCGAUAUACAGUAUUUUGAAAAGUAACUGGCAAAUUCCACUCAAUUUGUAACCCUUUGGAAUGUUUACUACUGGUCAUAUUUUAUAGCUUCAUUAAGUUUUAUUAAAAUAAAGGUGUCAUAUGAUAGAAAUGCUGUACAGGGGGCCCCUGACUUACGAAUGCCUGCCGAUACGAACGGUGUUAAACUUGAGAUUGACAGUAUUUUAUUUACCUGUUGACUUAUUUUUUACUUUCAUUUACUGUAUUUUGUCAUUCUAUUUCUUCUUUUCUCUUAAAAUAAGUUGUUUUAGAUGUAUACUGUACAGUAUAAGUACUUAGGCUAUGAUAUAGUGGGACUUUAAACAUUGUUUUGUAAGUGCUGUACAGUAUGCACAUAGCAUGUGUUCCAUUUUUACAUACAAAUCUGACUUAAGAACGUCCUCUGGAACGGAACCCGUUUGUAACCUGGGGGACCCCCUGUACAUGUGUCUCAAAAGUCACACAUUUUUUUUUUUUUUUUUUUUAAGGUGAGAAUUAUAAGAGAAAUUACACGAGAGGGAAGUUACGGUACAGUUUAAUCAACAGCAACACCUGUAGGCCUGAGUGUUUUCAAUUCAAUUCUUUUGCAGCUGAUGGGACUGUACAGUACUCGUGUGAACCACAAACUUAAUUUUUUGCUAAAAAAAAUUCUCCCAAACACACAGCAUAUACAGAGACUGUAAAUAAAUGCAGAUCACAUGAAGAUUACCCCCCCCCCUACCAUUACCUGGUGGGGCUAAUCUUCAGUUGAUCUCAGAUGGCUGGUCUGUCUUGGAUUUAGUGGUCUCGACUACAGUACAUCACUGCUGUUUAUAUCUGAAAUAUGAAUGUGUCUGUUAAUUCUUGCUUACCCUGUAUUUGCAAGCACUGUACCAGAAUAUUAUGUAAUGAAGGUGGAUGAGGUAAAGUUGUAUUUCAUUUAGGUUGAGUUUUAAUUGGUGUAUAAUUCAGCCUGAGGUGUUAUGCCCCCAUUUACACCAGCCAGUGUUAUAGCCAUUUGGUGGGACUCAACUAGAAAGCCAUCAGUUCUAUGUUAUUCUGUAUAUAAUUGACUUCUUCUACGUUGAGGCAUUAUUACAGCACCUUUUAGUCUCAUGUUUUUCUUGUUAUUCAGUACAUUGUAAAGUACAGUAUGAGAAUUAUGUGAAGAAUUCUAAAUACAAAUUGAAACAUGUAAACUUAAUUUUCUGUUUAGCAAGGUGUUAUUAUGUUAAUUGUUGAAUUAAAUAUUAUGUCUUGUAUAGUACAGGUAUCAUGUUAGCAUAAUUAAAGUUUUUUUUACAAUGGACUCGCAUCUUGACACACUACUGAUGUGCUUUCCACUAUACCAUAGAAUACAGUCAUCAUUCUGAUUAACCCCUUUGCUGCUCUUUAAUUUAAAACUAGGGUAUUUUGUGAGCAAAUGAGGGAAUGUCUAUGUUGCUUAUGAUUAAUCAUCCAGUGUCUCGAAUUGAAGUGAAAGUGAGUCCCCAUAAGUCUAAUUACCCAGCAGCACACUCUAAACUAAGCCUUCAGCACACAGCAUCCUAGCACCACUCAACCACUUUAUCCCCCCCCCCCUUCUUCAUAAAUGAAGUAUUUCUCUUUUCUUUCUUUUAUUUUCAAUAGACAAAAUAUUGUCUUAUAUAUAUGUUGAGAAAUGAGUUUUUAUUUUUGUAUUUUUGUAUUUUUUUUUUUUAGUUAAGAGCUGAAAAUCCCAUAGGUUGUGUUGUGUAUUAUGUUGCAAAAGGAAAAUCGUGUCAGGUAAAACAAGUGAAAAUUGCCAUAUUAUGCUUUCUCCCCAUACAGUGUAUGUGUUUACUGUACCAGAGAUCACGUGAAUAUUAGCUUCCCUAACUUAUUUCAUAUGAUGAUUAAACACUCAUGCUAUUCGAUGGGGUUAGGCAAAGUGAUAGUUAAUUAAAUUAGAUUAAGUUUGGUAAGGUUAGCUUGGUGUUAGAAAAGUUAGUGUUAAACUAGCCUUAGGUUAGGCUAGCAGUAGGGUGGUUAAUCUUGAGGCUAAAUAAGCUGGGGCUAAUCUUCAGGUGAUUCAGAAUAUGUAGGAUUGAGUGAGGGCACAAAAUAUUAUGCUAUAUGUACUGUUCUUGAAAAAAUUAUUACUGAAUAGUUUUUACACCUUUUCUUGUUCAUGUAUUAUUAUCAAAGUACAUUUAAGAUAUAGGAUGUUAUUAAUAUUUGUGCUGUAUGCUUUUAAAUACAGUACAGUAAUGUAAAUAUUGUACAGCAAUUACAUGUGACUACUGUAUGUCUUGAUUUUGGUAGUGUUGUAUAUGGUAGAGUGCCAGCUGAAACUGACCACCACUCCAGAUAACUCUCUGUGAUCUGAAACAUAAGUGGAAAACAUACAAAAUAUGGUACAAUAUUUUUAUAUGUAGGUUAAUACCGGGGCCGUAACCAGCCUUGAUGGCGCCCAGGGCAAUGGCUGAAUUUGGCGCCCAGGGCGGCUGCCACCCACUAGGUACACCCCUGGUUAAUACAUGUACAACAAUUAA